AUGACAAAAGAGCGCUAUGAUGUGGUAAUAAUUGGCGGGGGAAUAAUCGGAGCCAGCAUUGCAUAUAAGCUUGCUCGUUACAAGUUGAAUAUACUAGUUCUUGAAAAGAAUCCUUAUCUAGCGGAGGAAACUUCAUCAGCAAAUUCAGCUGGUCAUUAUGCUGACAAGAUUGCUAAGUUAGCAUCUCAAGGAAAUUUUGAAUUAACAGCUCGUCGUGGAGAGUACAAAAUUUUAUCUCGUAGCGAAUCUAGCUGUCUCAAAGCGGUUUAUUUUUUGGUACCAACUAUCCAUGGCAAGGGAGUGUUAGUGGCGCCGCUCUUAAACGGGAAAGUGUUAGUGGGGCCUACUUCUGAAGAUAGUGUCCCAAAAUCUGAUACACGAGUAACCACUAGUAAAAAACAAGCUGAAAUUAGCAAAAUUGGUCGUCUUCUAUUGCCUAAACUGAACAUGGAUAAGGUGGAAAUGACUUUUGCUGGUUCAAGGCCAAUUUACAGCAAAACGGAUGAUUUUCUCAUUGGAUAUGGAAAUAACAAUAAAAAUUUUAUCAAUGUAGCUGGUAUGCAGUCACCUGCAAUUGCAUCAGCUCCGGCAAUUGCAAAUGAGGUAAAAAUGUUGCUAGCAUCUAAUGGCAGUAAACUUCAAAAAAAUCCGCUUUUCCAAGCUCGUUAUACACUGAUGUAUUAA